AUGGCGAGUUUGGAGAACCACACUGUGGCUGAGUUUCUUCUUCUGCGACUGCUGCAACACACGCCAGCUCGCUUCUGUGUCUUUGCACUCAUCUCCGUGAUGUUCUUCGCCAUCACGCUGACUGGAAAUGGCCUCCCAAUCCUGCUGAUCCUCGCGGACCCCCUUCUGCACAUCCCUAUGUACUUUUCCCUGUGGCAGCUCUCUCUCAUCGACAUCCUGUUCACACUGGCCAUUUUCCCCAAGAUGAUGUCUGACUUCCUUCUGCACAAGACUGCCAUCUCUGCUUCUGGCUGUGGGACACAAAUCUUCCUGGGAUGGGCCUUGGGUGGGACCGAGUGCAUCCUUUUGGGACUUAUGUCCUGUGACCAAUACAUGGCCAUCUCCAAGCCUCUCGGCUACCUGCUGCUCAUGAACUGGCCCCUCUGCAGGCAGAUGGCACUGAGCUCAUGGUUGAGCAGUGCUUUCAAUGUGUUGGUGCACAUGGUCUACACCGUGAGCUUCCCUUUCUGUGGACCCAGAGAAAUCCAUCAUUUUUACUGCGAACUCCCCAGUGUCCUGCGGCUGUCUUGUGAGGACACCUUGCCCUCUGAGAUGGGGGUGUUGAUCAGUACCACCAUUCUGCUUCUUGUCCCAUUCCCCGUCAUCCUUGCCUCCUACAUGCUCAUCCUGGUCACCGUCAUUCACAUGGCUUCUGUGGAAAUCCUUCUCCACCUGCUCCUCUCACAUGACCAUGGUCAGCCUAUUCUACGGUGCCAUCAUUUUCAUGUACAUGAGGCCGAUCUCUUCACAUACUUCAGGCCAAGAUAA